UUUGCCUCACAAUUUUCGAUAUUUGACACUUUUUCGAGUGGAAAAUUGAGAAAAAUUUGGGAAUAAUUUGGAGAGAAAUUGAAAUUUUUUGUUGAAAUAUACAUGACAAUGGCACAAGAAUCUAAUGAAUUAAAAUACAAAUUCACAAUAUCGGGCUUCGUGAUAUUAUUAAUACCCUUCCUCACAAUAGGACUUAUCACAAAAUUACCGGAAAAACCAGAAAUUCAAUUGGUUAGGGAUCGUCAAUGUUUUAAUACUUGCAAAUUACGAAUAGUGGAAACAAUUCCAGCAAAUAUUUCAUUCGGCGAAGAUACCGUAUUCCCAUUAUCCACGUUUCGCGCCUGGAAAUCGCUAAUUUCAAAUGCUCAGGAGGAGCUCUACGUGGCGGCUUACAAGUCGAGUUUGCAGGGGAAACAUGUGCUCGGGGACUCUGCAAAGUAUUAUUCUGUAGAGGGAGAUUCCAUCUACAACACCCUAAUGGCAGUAGGAAAAUCCCGAAAAGUUGCCGUCAGAAUGGUGGAAAACUACCCGCCAAAGGAUAAGGGCGACAACGCCGACGGUGUGAUUUUGGAGAAUUUCGGCGCGGUGACCCGGAAAUCAAUCGAUAUUUCCGAAUAUAUGGGCCGUGGAAAAAUGCAUUCGAAAUUUUUGGUCGCCGACCGGAAAAGCUUUUAUUUGGGCUCGGCGAAUUUGGACUGGCGGAGUUUGAAUCAGAAAAUGGAGUUGGGUGUUUUGGUGGAAGAUUGCGAAUGUCUUGGAGAGGAUAUGCAUAAUAUUUUCCAUGUUUUGUGGGAUUUGAAGAAUAAAGGCAUCGAGUCAAAUGGGGCACUGAAAGUUAAAGCCGCCUAUAACAAGGAGUACCCGCUGGAAAUGCAAGUACAAGGAGCCAAGGCUCAGGUUUAUAUCGCGACCUCCCCAAAAGAGCUCAACAACCCACGCCGUACAUGGGACCUCGACGCAAUUGUCUCGGAAAUUGACGCCGCCAAGAAAUUCAUUGAUAUCCAUGUUAUGGACUAUUUCCCGUUGUUCAUCUACCGUAAUCCACGUGUACAUUUCUCGAAUAUUGAUGACGCGAUCCGACGGGCGGUGGUUAGAGGCGUCAAAAUUCGAUUCCUAGCCGCCGCGCUUCAUUAUCCGGAUAUUGGAACGAGGUUCCUGAGAUCCUUGGAAUCGUUGAAUGGUUUCCAUGCUAAUGGUACUAUGGAAGUGAAAAUCUUCAAAGUUCCACGUACCAACAUUGAAAGUAUAGUAAUUAAUCGGGAGCGCCGGACGCAUAAUAAAUUCAUGGUCACCGAGUCGGCGGGAAUUAUUGGAACCUCAAAUUGGUCGGGAGACUAUUUUAUGGGUGGAACUACUGGAGCUGCGAUAGUUAUCAGGCAAACCGGGGAGAAGCGGCCUUUUGUGGAUGAGUUGAAGGAUAUCUUCACCCGCGACUGGGAAAGUGCAUAUUCCCACCCACUCGAUGAAUAUUUUGAAAAAUGUGUGACAAGUAACACUGGAGAUUUCUGCGAAGGUACAAAGGACCCGAGACUGUUCGCCACACCUGUCACGGCUAAUUCCGAGUGAUUUUAUUGAUUUUUUGUUGAAUUUUUUUUGAUUUUUUUUGAUUACCGGUUGUAUUUUUUUGUACAUAAUUUAAUAAAUUUUUGGAAUUUUUG